CCGAGCUCUGUCAUGGCGGCGCCCAGUUUCCCGGCCGGCGUGAAGCGACGGGAUGUUAGGAUUUUUGUCAGCGAGACAAGCCGGCUUGGACCACCCUCUUCGCCUCCGGAGGGCGGAGUCCACGCGGAGGGUUUUGGGACUAGAGUUAAACAAAGACAGAGAUGUUGAAAGGAUCCAUGGCAGUGGAGUUAACACCCUGGACAUUGAACCUGUUGAAGCAAGAUACAUGUUAUCAGGUGGUUCAGAUGGUGUGAUUGUACUUUAUGAUCUUGAGAACUCCAGCAGACAACCUUAUUACACAUGUAAAGCAGUGUGUUCCAUUGGCAGAAACCAUCCUGAUGUUCACAAAUAUAGUGUGGAGACUGUACAGUGGUAUCCUCAUGACACUGGCAUGUUCACAUCAAGCUCAUUUGAUAAAACUCUGAAAGUGUGGGAUACAAAUACAUUACAAACUGCAGAUGUAUUUAAUUUUGAAGAAACCGUUUAUAGUCAUCAUAUGUCUCCAGUUGCCACCAAGCACUGUUUGGUAGCAGUCGGUACUAGAGGGCCCAAAGUACAGCUUUGUGACUUAAAGUCUGGAUCCUGCUCCCACAUUUUACAGGUUAUAUUUGCAGGUCACAGACAAGAAAUAUUGGCAGUUUCCUGGUCACCACGUUGUGAAUAUGUCUUGGCAACUGCAAGUGCUGACAGUAGAGUAAAAUUAUGGGAUGUGAGAAGAGCAUCAGGAUGUUUAAUUACUCUUGAUCAGCAUAAUGGAAAAAAGUCACAAGCUGUUGAAUCAGCAAACACUGCUCAUAAUGGGAAAGUUAAUGGCUUAUGCUUUACAAAUGAUGGGCUUCAUCUCCUUACUGUUGGUACGGAUAAUCGGAUGAGGCUCUGGAAUAGUUCCAGUGGAGAAAAUACACUAGAGAAUUACUGCUCUACUGAGCCACUGUGCAUGAUGCGAGUGUACCAUAUCUCUCAGUCACAGAGAGAGAGAGAGAGGCACAGAGACAGAGGCAGAGGGAGAAGCAGGCUCCAUGCACCGGGAGCCCGACGUGGGAUUCGAUCCCGGAUCUCCAGGAUCGCGCCCUGGGCCAAAGGCAGGCGCCAAACCGCUGCGCCACCCAGGGAUCCCAAAUGUGCUAGAUUCUAAUGUAUUUAAUUUCUAACACUUUAAAAAUUUACGUGAUGGUCUUUACCAGCCAUACCUGUGGUUUAGGAACAUUCAGAAUAAGCUAGUAAGUUUGUAAUUUGGUGGUAAUAGUAAUAGCUAAUAUUUAUUCAGAGCUUAUGUAUCAGAUACUGUUUUAAUAAAAAUUAACAUAUAACAUGUGCCAAAACAUAUAGAGUCUUAUUUAAUCAUCAAAUCAAUACUGUGAAAGUAGUUACUGUUACAAUACCCAUUUUACAUAUGAGGAAAUAAGAAAAUGGUUAAUUUGCAUGAGUUAAAACAGCUGAAAAGCAACUAUAGAUUCCACUUUUUGACUAUAGAUUCCACUUUUACCACAAUGGUAAUUAUACCAAACCCCUUAUAGCAUUUAUUUAAUGAUUUAAAGUAGGUAUUGAUAUUAAUCAUCUUUCUUUUUUUUUUUUAAGAUUUCAUUUAUUUAUUCAUGAGAGAAUCAUCUUUCUUUUUUUUUUUUAAGAUUUCAUUUAUUUAUUCAUGAGAGACAGAGAAAGAGAGAGAGAGGAGGGAAAGGUAGAGACACAGGCAGAGGGAGAAGCAGGCUCCAUGCAGUGAGCCUGAUGUGGGACUUGAUCUCGGAACUCCAGGAUCACACCCUGGACCAAAGGCAGGAGCUAAACCACUGAGCCACCCAGGGAUCCCCUCUUCUUUUUUUUUAAGUUUAUUUAUUUAUUAACUUAAGUAAUCUCUACACCCAGCAUGGGCCUCAAACUCAAAAUGCCUAGAUCAAGAAUUGCAUGCUCUUCUGCCUAAGCCAGCCAGGUGCCCCAUUCCGUAUCCCUUUCUUUAACCUCCUUUCUAGCAAAUUCUCUUUUAGGUACUUUAAAUAUCACUUCUUUUAUUAAAUUCUAAUAUUACUAUAAGGCCAAAAUUGUUUAUACUAGAUUACUUUAGAGUUGCUAAUCUUUUAUGUAUUUUAUGAAGUGCUUCUCCAUCACAUCUCAGACUAGAAACUCAGGCAUUGCAAACUAAUUUAGAAUCUUCCAUUCAUUAUAUUGGUAUCAUGUUUCUAAUCAGGUCACACCUUUCUUUUCUCAUUUCAUUCAUUUGUCAAAUAAGUAUUUUUUGAGCUCUUCCUAUUUUCCAGACAGUAUUAUACAGCAGCAGACAAAACAGAUAAGUCCUCUCUUCAGCAGCAGACAAAACAGAUAAGUCCUCUCUUCAGCAGCAGACAAAACAGAUAAGUCCUCUCUUCAUAUUACCUCCCUAGAAUGUAAGUGAAUGUACUUACAUUCUAGGGAGAGGAAGAAAGCCAUCCAUCCAUCAGUCAAUAAAUAGAUGGAUGGAUAAAAUUUUAUUUUAUUUUAUUUUAUUUUAUUUUUUUAAGAUUUCAUUUAUUUUUAUUCAUGAGGAACACACACACACAGAGAGAGAGAGAGAGAGAUAGGCAGAGGGAGAAGCAGGCUUUCUUCAGGGAGCCCAAUGCAGGAUUCGAUCGCAGGAUCCCAGGAUCACAACGUGACCAAAGGCAGAUCCUCAACCACUGAGCCACCAGGUGCUCUGAUAAAAUAUAUUUUAGAUGUAGCAAGUGCUAUGAAGAAAAGUAAGGAAAGUAGCGUAGAAAAUAUUGGGAUGUUGGAAUUGCAUUUUUGCAUAGGGCUGUCAGGGUAUGUUUCAUUGAGAAGACAAUAUUUGGCCUGAAGGAAAUGAAGGAGAGGGCCAUCAGAUAUCUGGAAAGAGGAGCAUUCCAGGCAGAGGAAGGAAGCAGAAAGAUCCUAAGGCAGGAUCUUGGGAUAUCCAGGGAAUAUCCAAGAGGCUCUUAUGUUGAAAUAGAAGAAGUAAGGGAGAGAGAAAUAGGAGGUGAGGAACAGAAGGAACAGGACAACAGAGGAUACAGGCUAGGCCUCUGUGUAAGGGCUUAGGCUUUUUCUCUGGGUGAAAUGGAAAACCACUAAAGGCCUUUGAGUAGUAAUAUGACAGGGUCACUUUGGAAAGGUAGGUUGGCAUGUGCAUCAAAGGUGAAUGUGCUAAGUAUAAACAGUAUUGACUUAAAAAAAAUAAACAGUAUUGACUAUAUAUAUAAAUUGUUAGUGUGAUUUUCCAUUUUUCUCUCCUUGAAGGUGAUACUCAUACCUUAUGGGUUUGUGUUAGUAAUAAGUCCAUUUCUUGAAUAGUGUGUUUAGAACAGAUAAUACAUUUUAAAAUUUACUUUAUCUAAGUAAAAGUCAUUCAUGUAAAGAUGACUAGAGUAGCCCAGAAACUCACCUCCAGAGGACACUUAAAAGAACUGGAGACAUCAAUCCCAGAAAAAGAAACUCUCAGUGGAAACACACAGUCUUCAAAUACUUAGAGCACUGUCAGAAUUGGAAACUGAUUCCAGUCCUGCCAUUUAUUAAUUUGCGACAUUAGUCAGUUUAUUUAAGAUGACAUUAUGAAGGACUAUGGUAGGAGUUUUAAUGUCUCCAUCUUAUUAUGGAGUUAUUAUGUACCUAAACAGUAAUUUUAAGGAUAUAAUGGAAGUAUGAAAAGGGUAGUAAAUAAUUAAAUACUUUUUAAAUAAUAGGUAUACCAUAAAUAACUUUUUAUUGUGUGAUGUUGCCUUAUUGGUAGCACCCUUGUUAGUUUUUUUUUUUUAUUAAGAUUUUAUUUAUUUGAGAUGAAGAGAGAAAGAGCGCAUGUUCAUGCUUGAGUUGUGGGGGGGGUGGGGGGUAGAGAGAGAAGGCAAAGUAAGCUCCCCACUGAGCGGGGAGCCUGAUGCAGGCGAGAUCCCAGGACCUUGAGACCAUGACCUGAGCCAAAGGCAGAUGCUUAACCAACUGAGCCUCCCAGGCACCCCUAGUUAGUUUUAAAAAGGUAUGUAUGGAGGGUGUCCAUUGGCAACAAUAGAAUUUGUACCAUUGACUUACUUUGAUAGUACUCUGUGGUAUAACCUUUUCUCCCAUUUUAUGCUUCUCUUACUGUUUUUUCUUAUGCUUCCUUUUUGCUUUUAAGAGGGCUUCAUCUUUUACAUCUCCUUUUCCUCUUCAGUAGAAACUUCUAAAUUUUAAAAACAAGUAUCAAGAAAAAUACAUAAAUAAGAAAACUUUAAUCCUAACCUUAAAGUUGUAAAUAUAUUUGUUUUCUUUGGAAAUUCUGCAGACUUUUUAUUAUGUUCUCUUUGAAUAAUUUUCUUUAUGUUUGAUCUGGUAAUUAGAUAUUCUCGUUCUUCAGAGAUACUUCUCUUUCUCUUCCUUAUUUUAAACUAAAGGUUCUGGACCUACCUCAGUAGCUUUUGCUGCUUGUUGUUUUGUAAUAUGGUUGCUUGGUUGGUUGGUUUGUUGGUUUAUUUAUGUAUUUAUUUAUAAAAAAGAUUUUAUUUAUUCAUGAAAGACACAGAGGAGAGAGAGACUGAGACACAGGCAGAAGGAGAAGCAUGUAAUGUGGUAUGUUUAUAAAAGCAACAUUGCCACAUUUCCCAAACACUCUUUCAAUCCAGCUAUGAUUAACAUUUUGGAGAAGUAAUUCCUGUGAUAAAUUAGAAGCAGUAUUAAAUGUAAGGAUUUUAAGAAAGUAAAUAAAUUUUUACUUGGAAUAUUAAAAAUAAAAUUAAAUAAAUUUUAAAAAGUGUAAGUGCAUACUUCUAAUGGGUGUAUAAUUAUUUGUAAGUUAUAUACAAAUACUGUUGUGAACCUAUGUGUAAAGAUUAAUUUCUUAUUUUUUAAGUAAAAAUGAGAUCAAAAAAUAGAAUUCUUAUGUUUUCUUCUCACACCUUACUAGAUUAUCUUGCAGGCUCCUCGUGGUGUGUGAACUGCACUCUAGGGACCAUUACCUUAGAGAACAUAACAAGUACUUGCAGGAAAAAUGCACAGAGAGACAGCUUUUGGUACAACAAAAGAACAAGAAAUUUAUAGUACCUAUUCUGGUGUUGAUUGUUUUAGUUACUGCUGUUAUCAUUCACUGUGACCGAUAUCUAGAAAUUGGAAGUUUAUCCUUUAUUCUUCCUUGCCCCUUAUCCCAUGUAUUAAAUGAAUUACACGUCCUCUUAAUUCUUCCUUAAUUUUUUUCAUAUCCGUCUUCCCUUCCAGCCUCACUCUGGGUUCUCAUGAUCUAUUUAAUUAGUCUAAUAUUCUAACUUUUCCUAAACUGAUCUCCCAGUGGAAGUCUCUCACUGUUUCCUCAACACUUCUAGGUAAUUAAAACCAAUGCUUUUGCCUAUUGCACACUGAGCCUUCAUAAGCUGUAUCUUAUAAUUCACCAGCUUUAUGUCUUGUCACUUUACCUUAUUUUUCUUUGUCAUUACUGAACUACUUAGAGGUUUUGAAAAAUACUGUGCUCUCUUGCCCUUCCAUUUUGCUGCACAGACUCCUGCCUUUGCUUUGAAAUAGUGUAGUUCUCCUUCCUGUCCUAGAUGCUUCUCAGCUUUCAAGGUUCAUCUCAGACACAACCUCUGAAAUUCCUCUCGUCUGGCUUAAAUGCUUCCAAGUACCCAGUGCUUACUUGGAGAAGAAUGUCCUGUGAUCAUCAGGUCAUGGAAUGAAGGAAAAAUCAUUUGCCACAAUGUAGCAUUGUGGUUUUUGAUUAGUGCAGUUGAGAUUUAGUUUUUCAUUCUGUCAUUUGCUACCCCAAAGACCUCAACUAAAAUACUUAACCUUUCUAAAUGUUUUCUUUUUGCAUAAUAAUGCUAUCUCAUAGCACUGUUUUAAGUAUUACAUGAAAUAACCCUUGUAAAACAUUAAGCACUUUGAUAUUUACAGCAAAUGUUGGCAUUCAGUAAAUGCUACCUGUCUUUAUUAUCAUUAUGCUGAUCAUUGUUUGACAAUAAAAUAAGCUGCCUUGUGAUGGAAUCUCUGUGUCACUGUAGAUAUUCAUUUGGUGAUUAAAUGUAUGUAUUUCCUGGAAAAAUAAAAGGGAUUCAUCCUAUCCAAAGUCUCAUAUCUUCCUCUCCUAUCAAAAUCUUUUUUUUUUUAAGGUUUUAUCUAUUUAUUUAUUCAUGAGAGACACAGAGGGAGAGGCAGAGACAUGGGGAGAGGGAGAAGCAGGCCCCCUGCCGGGAGCCUGAUGCAGGACUCAAUCCCAGAUCACAACCUGAGAUGAAGGCAGUUGCUCAACCACUGGGCCACCCAGGUGCCCCUCAAAACCUUUUAAAAGCCUGUACAUGCCACCUUUAAGACAUCAUAGCCAAAAGGAGCCUCUCCUCUACAGUACUUUUAUAAUAAUACACAUCAUGCUAUUUAUCACACAUUGGUAAGCAUACAUUGUCAUAAAAUGAGAACCUUAAACAAUCAUCUAGUAUAAUGUAUGACACAUAGUGAGCAUUGGUGAAUGAUCCUUCCUUUCCUUAAUCCAUUAUUAGAACUUUAUUCCAUAGGUAUUGAAAAGAUACUGAUGAUUUUGAGUCCACGAGUGAUUUGAUCACAGCAGUGAUUUACAAAGAUUAAUAGGACCAUAAGUUGCAGGAUGGUUUGGACUAGGGGUGCCUAAGGACAAAAACAAGAGUUAGAUAACUAGUUCAAUAUUCGUACCUCAUCUAACACUUUCCAGUUCAUAUUUGGGAAAGAAUGUAGUAGAGUGGGAAGAACUCAGGCCUUAUAGCUAGAUCCUGUGAUAAAUGUAAAUAAGGCCAUCACAGGGAUCCCUGGGUGGCGCAGCGGUUUGGCGCCUGCCUUUGGCCCAGGGCGCAAUCCUGGAGACCCGGGAUCGAAUCCCACGUCGGGCUCACGAGAAGCUCCUGCUUCUCCCUCUGCCUAUGUCUCUGCCUCUCUCUCUC